GGCCGGGCCGGGGGGCGGGCGAUGCGCCGCGUGCCGCUGCGGCUCCACAUCGUGCGCCUCUUCCCGCAGAGACAUCGCGGACGGACGAGCCCGCGGCGACGAUGGGCAUUUUCGAGGCCGCGAACCGGGAGUUUGAGAGCUCCGAGUCGGGAAGUGACACCUCAGACACUCCAGAUGAACUUAAUAUGCAAAAUGGAGUAGGAAUGUUUCCAGGUGAAGCAGCGCCUGGGCUGAAAGCUGGGCUGGAGGACUGUGCUCUCCCCGCUGCUCAAGGAGAAAAGAAACAAACAAGCACUUGCCCUGGUUCCAGCAAGGCUGAAGAAGCGGCACAAAUUAUCCAGCACUUUAUGGAGGAGUUCCACACGGACCUGCUCACUGUUACACAGGCCUUUCUGAAGAACAGCGGGGAAGUGGAGGCUACGUCGUACUAUCUGCAGGCAGGGCAGCGCCUGGAUGGGUUCCCCAUAUGGAGCAGAGAGGAUGAUUUAGAAUUGCAAAAGGACGAUGAGGAUGUCAGAAGUAAAUUGAUAGAAAAAUUUGGAGCUGAAAAUGUAGCAAGGCGUGUAGCGUUUAGGGAAAGUUAAAAUAGCAAAGCAGGGUGAAAUGACUCAUCUAGGACUGUGACAAUAAUUGGCUUGGUUUUGGGUUUUUUGUUUGUUUGUUUGUUUGUUUUUAAAGUAAUUUCAGAAUUUUCCAUCACACUUGCAUGUCUAAAAGUUUCAGAAAUGCUUUAAAAUAAAGAAUCUACAAGGUUGUUGUGCUGCA